UCACCGGUAUAUAGACAUCAGAUUUUGUCUUGACAUCUCAUCUUGCGCAAGAAAACUGAUUGUGUACAAUAUACCUUCACUCUUGUUUUAAGAGCGCGCCGAUAGCAAUGUUGACCACUGUUGGACUUUUUUGCUUAGCACUCGUGGCGUUUGUUGGUGGCGCCACUGUGCCCACGCAGGCGCAUACGACCCCGGGCCCCCACCUGUGCAUUUGUACCAUGGAAUACAUGCCAGUGUGCGGAGUCGACGGUAAAACCUACCCAAACAUGUGUUCCAUGAAAUGCGAGGGUGUAGCUGAAUACCACAAGGGUAUCUGCGGCCUACCGGUGUGCGCCUGUCCACGGAUAUACCAGCCCGUGUGUGGCCAGGACGGACAGACGUACGGCAACUCGUGUGAGCUCAGAUGCGCCGGCGUUGCGUUCUUCCAAGAGGGCCCCUGUACCGGGACCGCGCAGACUCUCAUACCCCCGGGCGUGGGCAAGCGCCAGGCGGUGAUCCCCUGUAUCUGUACCUUCAUCUACCAGCCCGUGUGCGGGUCUAACGGACAGACAUUCGGCAACGAGUGCACGCUACGCUGCGACGCAAGGGAGGACCCAGACCUAUCAAAACUCCACGAAGGUCCUUGCAGUGGCACUGAACUCGUGACUUUUAGUCCGGGUGGCGUCACUGUGUCCGCACCGGCGCAUACGACCCCGGGCCCCCACCUGUGCAUUUACAAUUGCACCAUGGACAACAUGCCGGUGUGCGGAGUCGACGGUAAAACCUACCCAAACUGGGGUGUAGCUGAAUACCACAAGGGUAUCUGCGUCCAACCGGUGUGCGCCUGUCCCCGGAUAUACCAGCCCGUAUGCGGACAGGACGGAUAGACGUAUGGCAACUCGUGUGAGCUCAGAUGCGCCGGCGUUGCGUUCUUCCAAGAGGGCCCCUGUACCGGAACCGCGCAGACUCUCAUAGCCCCUGGCGUGGGCAAGCGACAGGCGGUGAUCCCCUGUAUCUGUACCUUCAUCUACCAGCCCGUGUGCGGAUCUAACGGACAGACAUUCGGCAACGAAUGCACGCUACGCUGCGACGCCAAGGAAGAGUGA